CAGCUUGUUUAUAUUUUGCGGUUUGGUUUUUUAGUUUAAUGAAUUAGUUUAACCAUGCCCAACGACAAGCGCACUGUUUAUGUGGGCGGCCUGGCCGACGAGGUGACUGAGAGGCUGCUGAACAAUGCCUUCAUACCGUUUGGCGACAUUGCAGACAUCCAAAUGCCGGCGGACUACGAAUCACAACGCCACCGGGGAUUCGCUUUCAUAGAAUACGAACAGAGCGAGGAUGCAGCGGCUGCAAUAGAUAAUAUGAACGACUCCGAGCUCUGUGGCCGCACAAUCCGCGUGAACUUAGCCAAACCGGUGCGCGUGAAAGAGGACAGUUUCAAGCCCGUUUGGGCGGACGACGACUGGUUGCAGAAGCAUGCGGGCGCCACACUGCAGCCGGAAGGCGAUCCGGAGGCCGAGAAGGAGGAGGCCACCCCCUCCACGGGGCCGGCAGUCAUCGAAAAGGCCGAGAAACGCAACCCACAGGUGUUCUUCGACGUUCGGAUUGGCGGCAACGAUGCCGGCCGCAUUGUGAUGCUCCUGCGGGCGGAUGUGGUGCCCAAGACGGCGGAGAACUUCCGCCAGCUGUGCACCCACGAGCAGGGCUACGGCUACAAGGGCUGCUCCUUUCACCGCGUGAUUCCAGAGUUUAUGUGCCAAGGAGGCGACUUUACCAACAACAACGGCACUGGCGGCAAGUCCAUCUACGGCAAGAAGUUCAACGACGAGAACUUCAGCCUGAAACACAACAGUUUCGGCACUCUGUCCAUGGCCAACUCGGGUGCGAACACCAAUGGCUCGCAGUUCUUCAUCUGCACCACGAAAACCGACUGGCUGGACAACAAGCAUGUGGUCUUCGGUCAUGUCAUCAGCGGCGCCGAUGUCGUGCGCAAGAUGGAGCGAUGCGGCUCCAAGACGGGCACGCCCAGCCAAAAGAUUGUCAUCUACGCGUGCGGGGAACUCAAAUAAAGACGUACUCUUCAACGUU